AUGGUUCCUGAAAAAAGAAUUCUGACUGAAAAUGAUAUGGAAGUAUGGAAGAACUCCGCCACUAGAAAGGAUCUGUUGAAUUUCAUCUCAACGCUGGCUGAAUCAGUUGAGGGACAUGAGAACUCGCAGAUUGUGGAGCCUAUAUCACCUUCGAUUGCAUCGUUAUCAUCACUACUUGAUGAGGUUAAUAAGCUUGUAGAUAAGCAUCCUGUUAUUAAGGAAGCCAAAGUAUCAAGGUUUGGUAAGGUUGAAUUUAGAGACUUUUAUGAUGAGUUGAAUGAAAAAUCUAGCAGUCUAAUAAAGACUAGAUUCUCAACACUUUCUGAUGAACAGCUUGAGCAAUUGUCGAUCUAUUUGGAUGAAUCAUGGGGUAACAAAAGGCGUAUUGACUACGGUUCUGGACAUGAAUUAAAUUUUAUUUGUUUUCUAUUUGGAUUAUACAGCUAUGGUCUUUUUGAUCUUGAAAAGGAUGCAAUCAAUUUGGUUCUUGUAGUCUUCCUAAAAUACUUAAAUAUAAUGAGAGUAUUGGAAACCAAAUACUGGUUGGAGCCGGCUGGAUCACAUGGUGUUUGGGGUCUUGAUGAUUACCAUUUUUUACCUUUCCUCUUUGGAGCGUUUCAAUUAGUUCCACAUAAACAUCUAAAACCAAUGUCUAUCCAUAAUGAAGAGCUAGUAGAACUGUUCAAAGAUAAAUUUUUGUACUUUGGUUGUAUUUCCUUCAUAAACUCUGUUAAGACGACAACAUCUCUUAGAUGGCAUUCUCCAAUGUUAGAUGAUAUUAGUGGUGUUAAAAAGUGGUCAAAAGUAGCUGAAGGAAUGAUCAAAAUGUAUACAGCUGAAGUCUUGGGUAAGCUACCAAUUAUGCAGCAUUUUUAUUUUAGUGAAUUUCUAAAAUGUCCAGAAGGGAUAUCUCCGGCAAGAAGUAAUCAUAUUCACAAUGGAACAGAUGAAGAUGAUGAAUGUUUGCAAGAAGGACAUACGCAUAGUACUUGGGGAGAUUGUUGCGGUAUUAAGUUACCUAGCGCAAUUGCAGCUACAGAAAUGAAUAAGAAAGCUCACAAACCGAUUCCAUUUGAUUAA